GCAGCAGUAAGUCAGAACCCGAGAGAGGGAGGGAGGGGGAGAGAGAGAGAGUGAGUAUCGACGGCGGAAGAAGACGCACGAAACGAUGAGAUUAUGAGUCUUGACGGCUGACGGGUUUAUUUCACCGAGACAGGAUUCCGGCUGACAAAAGGAUCGCGGUGACUUCGCUCUUCCCCACCAUGUCCAGAAAGUGGUGGUCCAAGCGUUCAAAGCCAGGGGCAUGUCACGAUGACCCUACCCAGGGUCAAGGCGUCCACGUUUUCCUCCUCUGGACUAGAGAAGGGGAGAGAUACUUAUCCCACACGGGAGGCGAGGUCACGUCAGAGGAGCUGUGCAUCUUGGCAGCGGAGGCUGUGGGGAUUGCACCUCUGUGCCAUGUGUUGUUCGCCCUGUACAAUCCACUAUUACGCUGCUGGUACAGUCCAAACCAUGUUUUCAGUGCAGAUGAGAACUCGGGCCUCGUACUUCACUACUGUAUGAGAUUUUACUUUCACAAUUGGCACGGACUAAAUGAGAAGGAGCCGACUGUAUCUCGCUAUCGUCUCCGAUCCGGGACAGAUCAGGGGAGUUCCCCUCUGCUUGAUAUGACCUCCUUGGAGUAUUUAUUCGCUCAGGCUAAAUAUGAAUUUGUGAAUGAAGUGGUGCAGAUGGAAGACAUUCAGUCAGAGGAUGAGCUAAGUCGCUUCAAAAAUGAGAGCUUGGGGAUGGCCGUGCUUCACCUCUCACACCAGGCGAUACAAACAGGCUGCACUUUACAAGAGAUGGCGGAGAAAGUCAGCUUCAUACACUGCAUUCCAAAGUCUUUCUCCAAACACAUUUCCAAAGACAACUUCCUGACUAAAAUCCGGAUCAACCGGGUGUUCGCAGACUUUGUGCGGACCUUCCAGCAACACACUGUGGAUAAAGAGCGGCUGGGAGGCCAGGAGAUCAUGUAUAAGUACAUCUCCACUCUUGAACACUUGGCGCCGCAAUUUGGCACAGAGACCUUCCCUGUGUCCCAGCUGGAGGUGAGGGAGGACGGAAAUGGAAGUAGCUCUUACUCCGACAGCACGAACGCGCAGGGCGUCUCCAAAGACAACUUCGUGGCUCCUGCCACACACGAAAUAGUGGUGUCUGGCACCAAAGGGAUUCAGUGGAGGACGGUGUCCAUUCAGAAGCAGGCGCAGGCGAACGCUUACCUCAGGAGUUACUACAUGAACACGACGAAAUCAAAACACCAGUCCAGCCAGGCGACUGCUAAAACUCCCAACAAGCUGAGCUCCUUCUGUGAUUUCCAUGAAAUAACUCACAUCGCCCUCAGCGGAGCUAAUGUGUGCAUUAGCACUCAGGACAAUCAGUGCAUGGUGGUUCAGAUGAACUCCAGCCAGGAGGCCCGUUCCUUCAUCUCGCUCCUGGAUGGAUACUACCGGCUGACUGCAGACGCCCACCACUAUCUUUGUCAUGAUGUGGCUCCCCCGAGGGUAGUGCUGAGUGAAGCAAAUGGACUGCAUGGGCCUAUGCAUGACGAUUUUGUGCUGCUGAAGCUGAAAAAGGAGGCGGCAGAGGAGGGCGCUUUCCUCGUCCGUUGGAGUGGUCUUGACUAUCGCCGUAUCAUCCUGGCUGUGCUCAACAAAAAUAAGAACGGAUCGACGCCGAGCCACAAGCAGUUUCGGAUUCAGCACAACGGUUCGACGUUCUGUCUGGAGGGCUUGGAACGAGAUUUCUCUAGCGUGAAGGAGCUCACAGACAGCCUCAAAUCCUUCGUACUCAAGUCUGGAUCAGACAGCUUCACUGUGAAAAAAUGCUGUUUGCCACGACAAGCAGAACUAUCUAACCUUCUGGUGGUGAGGCAAGGUGUCGAUCACCGAGAUAACUUUAGCUCCAUGACCCAACUACGUUUCCACCAGAUCAAGGACAAGGAGCUCGUACAGAAACAACAUCUGGGCCGCGGGACCAGAACCAACAUCUACUCGGGCCGUCUUCUCGUGCGGGGACAAGGAGACAAUAAUCAUGAGGACGAGUUCAACAACAACUCCAAUGACAGCAGCGUGAUCCGAGUGGUUCUCAAGAUUCUAGACCAAAGCCAUGAGGACAUUGCACUAGCCUUUUUUGAAACAGCAAGCCUCAUGAGCCAGGUAUCCCACAGCCACCUUGUGUUUGUGCAUGGUGUGUCUGUCAAAGGAUCUGAAAACAUCAUGGUGGAGGAAUUUGUUGAGUUUGGGCCCUUGGAUGUUUUCCUCCGCAAAGAAAAGGCGUCGGUGACUCCUCAGUGGAAAUUCAUCGUUGCAAAACAACUUGCAAGUGCUCUCAGCUAUCUUGAGACCAAACGGCUGGUCCAUGGAAACGUCUGUGCCAAGAACAUUCUGGUGGCAAGACGAGGCCUGGAGCAUGGUACUACACCUUUCAUCAAGCUGAGCGAUCCAGGAAUUUCCCUGAGUAUCCUUUCACGGGAAGAGCGUCUGGAGCGCAUCCCGUGGAUCGCCCCCGAGUGUGUUGAUAGCGGUGCACCCAUCGGCAAUGCUGCUGACCAGUGGAGCUUUGGUGUCACUCUGCUCGAAAUCUGCAACAACGGCGAUCUUCCCAUGAGUGGCUUUUCAUUGUCGAAGAAAGAGCUCUUUUAUCAGCAGAAGGGUCGCUUGGCUGAGCCAUCCUCCCAGGACCUGGCCAGCUUCAUCAGCAUGUGUUUGACCUACGAGCCUGUGGAGAGGCCUUCGUUCCGGACUUUGCUCCGAAAGCUCACGGAAAUCAUGAUCAAAAGUGGGUUUUUCUUUACCCUCACAGAACUUUUUUGUCUUUCAAUCUGUUUCAAUGUAUGUAAUGACUGUGGGGUUUUUUUUUUUUUUCUGCACUCAGAUCCUGAUAUCUCUCCCAGUGAAACUCUCCCUGACGCGGACCCCAGCGUGUUCCAUAAACGAUAUCUGAAAGAGAUUCGGGACUUGGGAGAGGGUCACUUUGGAAAGGUGACUCUCUACCUGUACGACCCAGCCAACGAUGGCACUGGGGAGUGCGUGGCUGUGAAGGCUCUGAAACAAGAGAAUGGUCAUGCGCCUGAUGGCUGGAUGAAAGAGAUUGAGAUUCUGAAGUCUCUCUAUCACAGCAACAUUGUCAAGUACAAGGGCUGUUGCACCGAACUGGGAGGACAAGUGGUGCAGCUAAUAAUGGAGUACCUUCCUCUGGGGAGUCUGCGAGAAUACCUUCCCACACACAAACUGGGUGUGCCCCAAUGCCUCAUGUUUGCUCAGCAGAUCUGUCAGGGGAUGGAGUACUUGCAAUCAAAGCGAUACAUCCAUCGAGACCUAGCCGCCCGCAACGUUUUGGUAGAAAAUGAGGGUUUGGUGAAGAUUGCAGACUUUGGCCUGACAAAAUACAUCCCUGAAGGCGAAAUAUACUAUCGUGUCCGUGAGGGUGGGGACAGUCCAGUGUUUUGGUAUGCCAUUGAGUGCCUGAAGGAGAAUAAAUUUUCCUUUUCGUCUGACAUUUGGUCCUUUGGCGUCACGCUGUAUGAGAUCCUUACCCGCUGUGACCCACGGCAAAGCCCUCCAAUAAAGUUCAUGGAAAUGAUGGAGGCAACCCGAGGAGAGAUGACUAUGAUGGUCCUCCUAAAACUGCUGGAGAGACAGCUGCGAUUGCCUUGUCCCAAAGAAUGUCCACAUGAGGUGAAAUUGUUAAUGGAACAGUGUUGGGCUGCAAAACCUGCACAAAGGCCUUCAUUCAAAUCCCUCAUUGAAAGUUUGGAGGCCAUUCGCAGAACAUACGACUGGGAGUCGAUAUAAGACCUUUCCCUGGCUCAGAUUCACUGAUGAAUUUAUUGGCGAUCUAAUUGUCAAGAUGUCAUCACUUUGCCACUAUGACAACCACAUAUUACUCGGUAGCCAGUAAUGCGUUUCCUACUGUGCUGUGCCUGCUGCCUCCAUUUACAAUGAUGUCUUUUUGAUAAAAGCACACUGCUGCCUGCUCAUAUUUGACACAAUAUUAUACUCGGUGUGUGUUUAUUUCCCGACUGAUGAGGUGAACUUCAUGAGGAGAAGUGCUGGCUUGGGCAGUUAGCCCCCUCAGUGUUUACUUUUGUCUAUAAAAUGUUAUAGGUUUGCAUAUACCACAGUAAGUAAUUAAGUAAGGGUGAUUACUAUCUCUGAUUAAAUGUUUAAUUUCUGUACAUUUUUUAGUGUCUGUUAACUUUGCAUUUAUUUUGUAUAAACCAGAAGAAAAAAAUUCAACAUGUAAUAAACAAUUUUUCACACGGCCUUUCUUAAAUGA